AUGGCUGGCUUGCGGCCUUCAUUUGAUGUUGCCAUAAUCGGCGCUGGCAUUGGUGGCUUGGCACUCGCGAUUGGACUACUACGCCAAGGCGUUUCUUUCACACUCUACGAGGCUGCACCAUGUUUCAGCUCAGUGGGAGCCGGGGUGGGGCUUGGACCAAAUGCUAUUCGUGCGAUGGAAUUGAUCCAGCCGGGGUUUCAUGAACUAUACAAGCGUAUCUCAAGUGGCAAUAUUACGCCGGGCAAAGACCAUGUCAUGAUGGAUGCCAUGCUCGUGGAGGAUGGCCUGGGAGAAAGACGCGGCAUGAGACCAAUGCCGUACGGAGCACCUUGUUAUGAUCGGACCAGCGCGCACAGAAAGGAUCUCCUCGAUAUCCUGACAAGUUGGAUCCCCGGGAAGAACGUUCGCUUCAACAAGCGGGUGAAGAGGCUAUCUCAGAACGAGAAAGGGGCCGUUAUUGAAUUUGAAGACGGCAACAUCGUGGCAGCAUCUUGUGUCAUUGGCUCGGAUGGCAUAAAAGGGGCGUCUCGCGGCGCUGUCCUGGGGGACAGAUGGCCAGAGUACGUACAAGCCAGAUAUACUGGUAAAUACGUGUAUCGAUCUAUAAUACCGAUGGAAGAGGCGAUGAAGAUUCUUGGGAAGGAUGUGGAUGGGAACGAGAUCGCUGGGGAUGCUAAGAUGUUCAUGGGCGACCGAUGCAUCAUUGCGACUUUUCCCAUCUCAAAAGGCACUCAGUCCAACAUGGUCUGCUUCAGACCAGACGACCAGCCAUGGUCACAUCCAGAAUGGACGAGAGAAGUAUCCAAACAUACCAUGAUGCAAGAUAUUAGGAAACUGGGUGUCGACGAGCGUCUCGUGACGCUUCUCAAUUGGGCUAACCCCCUUCAAUGGGCCCUGUUUCAUCACAUAAUCACUCCAACCUACUACAACCACCGUAUCUGCCUGCUUGGCGACUCGGCGCAUGCUAUGCUUCCCCAUCAAGCAGCUGGAGCUGGCCAAUGUAUCGAAGAUGCCCUAGUUCUGUGCCGGCUGUUGGGUCUGGUGAAGGAUCCCAGCCAGAUAGAGAAAGCAUUCGAAGUGUAUGAUGGGAUUCGUCGGCCCCGAGCUCAGAAAGUCGUCAAGACUAGCCAGGAGGCGGGUGACCUCUGUGCGUUCCAAGUUCCAGGGGUUGGCUCCGACAUGGACAAGAUAGUGGCCAACCAAGCCGAAAGGUACCUCUGGAUAUGGCUACACAACCUAGAGGAGGACGUAGACAGGGCCGAGUCCGAGUUCAACGCACUCUCAGAAGAGGCUCGCUCAGCAGCACAGCCGACUCUGGUGGGCAUCAAGACUGCUUCGGCUGCCCUUGUUGCAUGA